CUCCUCCUCCUCUUCCUCCUCCUCCCUUUCGCCUUUCGUGGGAACUCCUUCGUCUCCCGGUUGCUUUUGCUGCCCCGGCUGUAACCCGAUUUCGUCAGAUUGACGUCUCUCGCCUCGCCUCGUCUUGCCAGGCCUUAUUUUUCUUUUUCAGGCCAGGGUCUUAUCCCUCCUCCUCCUCCUCCUUCUUGCCCUAACCCCUUCACUAUUCUCGUGUACAACUCCUCUGGCUUCUCAUAAGUCUGGCCCGUUCCGUGCCCCCCUCUCAAACACGGGAAGGACACCAACCAAAAAAACCCCCCCCUCCCAGGCUGUUACUAUCGCAAAGCGGUCGUGACACUCGUAUACCGCGUCUCUUCCUCUCUUUCCGUCUCCCUCUGCUUGAUCGGUUUUAGAUUUGAUCGGCACACAUGCACGACGUUCCACCGGAGCUCGCGAUCCGCCUUGAAUGAUUCGCCUGUAACGGCAGCUGUACGUAUUUGAAUAGCACCUAAUCGAUCUCUGGACCGGCUGACGGGCGGACAACUGCGCAAGUAAUACGGUGCGACCCCUCUGUUUUGGGCCUGCGACUGGAGCGCGCGAGAGGAAAACGGGUAAAAAGGUCGCAGCCGUCCGCUUCGAGAUAUGGCUGUGACGUAUGGAGAGGUCCCGCAGCACGAUAAUGACGAUGACGAUCGAAACGACGGACUGUCUCCUUCGGUGUCUCUCUCGCCAGCACCCUCUUCGUCGCCGAUGCCUUUCCUGCCAACUGUAGAAUCGACUUUCACGCGCCUCUCGAUGGACGGCGAUUUUUACUCGUCGAUGGGAAGCAGUGCAGGCAAAGGCGAGAUAGCCUAUACCGGUUCUCGCGAUGGCUACAAAACAGCCGCCGGCACGGCCACAGCCAGGGCCAGCGUCAGCAUGAGCAUCAGUGCCAUGGUCCAAUCCCUGACGUCUGCACGAGCCACACGCAACCAUCCUAGCGAAUACGGACCCCUAUCGCCCGAUUCCUCUCCAUCCUCCACUUCGUCAAGCCCGCACCCGAGGAACCGUGGUUCGACUCCUGAGCGCAAUUUUCUUCGCGAACGAAAUACGACGGGCGGCAACGCUCACAAUGCACCUAACACUUCCCACGCUACCCACCCCGUGCCGGCCGUAGAACUGCGAGUGAAAGGGCUGCGGCCAAAAGAUCCGCCCGCUCACCCAUACCAGCGCGACACGCACCAGCCGGCCAUCGUUAAGCCUAUACCCAUCGUCCGAACCGCGUCUACGAAGAGCGUCUCGCUGCGCCACCCCACCCCCGACGUCAAUCCUCGAUCCGCAUCGUAUGCGAGCAACAUUGCCCAGUUGGAGGCGACUGCUGAAAAGCUUUCCUUGACAUCGUCUAUCGAGGACGCUAUUCGAGAUUUGAAUGAAGAGCAAAAACGCAACGAUAGCCGCAGGUCGUCGAUCCUAGCCGCGAGCAUAGGUUCCAUCCCCGAAUAUACCCAACCGCCGUCCUUCACUAGUACCAAACCUUUGUCAUCCACCAGCUCGAUACUCGAGGCUAACGGCGCCGUGCGUCACGGUGGCUACUCUCCAGGCAGCUAUUUCAUAUCGCCAAAUCAUUCACUGCUCUCCAAUCCGACGCGCCUGAGGUCCGGCUCGGGAGGGCUCACGAGAUCCGAGGUCGAAGCGGGAAGCGUAUUGUCGAGACACGGCCCGGGGAAGAGCUCCGUGCGGAGUGUGAGGUCUGCAUCUAAGCCAACGCUGACGGAUAUUGCCGAGAUGGAACCUACCACGCUCACACCAGCGGCCAUGGACGCCGCUGAUAGAUUGGCCGAGGAGCCAGAGGAAGACGACGCUCUGCGAGCGCCCCCGACCAAGGGCGUCGACCCCACACCCAAUUUGGGACAGUACGGAGCGUCGAACGUGUACGACUAUUGGGACCAGGCCGUUGCAGAUACGCAGCCGAGCCACGAGCAGCGUGGCCACGAUCGACCACGUAGUUCCAGCUCGACAGGUACCUUCGAACAGGCCCAGAUGGCCUUCGCGAACUUUGACGGUGCCCACUGCCCCCCCGACGCCGAUUUAGAAGAUGCCCUGUUCAUGCCCCCGUACUCUAACGCACCUUCGGCGGAUGUUUCCUUCCUGCAGCCCUUCGAUCGUGGUUUGACCCACGAGCAAGUGGCCGCCGACCAGUCACGGCCUCUCAUAGCACCGCCAGUCGAGGCACCCGCUGCUCGACCAACGUCCUACAUGAACCCGGAGACAGGCCAGACCAUGCUAUACUACCCGGCACGUGUUCCAAUGAUGCUGAAUAUCCCACAGAAGCUGUCAAAGAAACCCAAGGCCGAGGUGCGGAACGCGCGGAGAUCGCAGGUCCUGGGCAAGAUGGCCGAAACAAAUCGCAAGUCUGAGGCCAGUUUCCUGCCGGAGGUUCUCCUGGAGCCUCCGCUCGAACCUAUCUCUCUAGGAUCCGAUGCUGAGUCUCCGGCAGGGCCGGCCUCAGGUGGCCCGAACGAAUCACCGCCUAGCCGUGAACCCGUAGCCGACGCACCGCGCAACGACCCCCGCGUCUCCGUUCUGGGGCCGGACAAGCGUAAGUCGAGAUUACCCGUCGGUAAUAACCUACCACCGCAGCUUCGGGCCAGCGCCUUCUUCGAGUUGCCACCAUCCCAGAUGCCUGCCGUCGAGCUCAAAGACGGCUCCCCGAUGGCUACCUUGGACAGCAUUUUGGACGCCUCAGCCAAGGCGCCGGUUUCUGCCUUCACAGAACACGCCAUUACCGGAUCGUCGGGGUCGGAAAUCUACGGAACCGAGAAGAAACGCAAGUCUCACCUUGCGCCCACUAAACCAGUAGAACCCAAAAAACGUAGUUCUUUCCUCCACCUUCGGAAACAUAGCGCCCUUAGCCACAAUUCGGAACCUGCAGAGGACCGGCGGAAUACCAUAGCGGGAGGCGCCGGGGCAGACGAUGUUUUGAAGGGCGGAAACGAACGGGACGAGGAGAAGCAGAGACUAUCCGGGUCUAUCGAUGGGCGGCCAGUAUCUCAAAACGGCGAAGACGACGCCGGGGACGACGAAGAGCAGGUCUACAGCGGACCGCCGACGACGCUGUUGGCGGAACUCCAAAUGCGAAAGCAGCAGCAGAAGCUUCGCACCAGGCCACUUACUACGGCCUAUCCUAAUGGUAUGCACUCCACCCUUCUCGAAAUGGAUACCGUCGCCCAGAUUGAGCGCGAGGCCCGAAAAGGCAGGAAGGUGAAUCUUGCUUGGGAGGAGCCGAGUGUGGACCCAGCCGACGAUCCCGAGGACGAUGACACACCCCUAGGACUGCUGAUGGCCACGAAGGGGCAGGGCAACGGUAACGGUCUGGUGGCUGCUCUCGCCGAGAUGAACCGACCGCUUGGCCUCAUGGAGCAGCGCGAGAUGGAAGAAAAUGAACCCCUCAGCCGUCGCCGCGAUAGGCUCCAAGGGAAGGAACUAGGUCCUGUUAAUCGACAAAGCAUUAUGCCUCUCGGCCAAGGCCUUCACAAUACAGGCAGUGCCCUAAGGCUGCCGAUUCCGCAGCAACCCCGCGCCCACACGCCCGAAGCAGACGAGGUCGAAGGCGAAACCCUCGGGGAGCGCAUGCGCCGCCUUCGGGCUCGCGAGCAAGGUGAUAACCCUCUUCCGCGGGCCCGGCCGGUCAGCUCCGCAUUUACGACCGAACUCUUGACUCAGAUCGGCGACGCGUUCGGGGAAGGCGAGAACAAGGAGAAGAGCGACGAACACCCGAAAGAGGAAGAGGAAACAUUGGGCCAGCGGCGCCGACGAUUACAAGCAGAACGUGAGGCUCGCGAGCGUGAGAUGGCCAGUGCAAUGCUAACUGGCGGUGCCAGUGGCAGUACGGCAAAGCUCACGAAGCGACGUUCACUCGCAGAUGUGCUAGGCGUACACGGGCCCAGGAAUAUCCUACACAAUCCGAAGGCCGAGGCCGAGAGGGCGAAGAGAGAAGAAGCGGCCCGCUACAGACAGGACCAGGAUAUGAAGCUGGCAGCGCUCCGCAGCCAGAUGCCGUCGAACCUCACCAAGCCGAAUCUUACGCAUUCCGGAGGAUUCCUGGCCGGCCGCUUCAACGACGGGACCGGCGGCGGGCUCGGCCAACCACGGGCGAGCAUGGCGAUGGCUUAUCCCGCGAACGGGAUGAUGGGCGGGCCGUACAACAUGGCGAUGCCUAUGCCGACACCCGGUCAGAUGGACAGGGUGGAACGAUGGAGGCAGAGCAUCCAGCCUUGAUAUCGGAUGUAUUAUGGCGAAGCCUGUGGAAGCCGGGCCGCACUAAAGGACAGGCAUAACCUAUAUUUAUCCUCCUCCUCUCUCUCAGCAUCGCCUCGGCGUUUGAGCUCGUUUUGAGGAAUGGGUAAUGGCGGACAGUGAUUUUUUCUUUCUUUCUUUUGUUUUCCUUAUGUGCAUCAACAUCGUCUAUAUAUGGUUCCGUCUAUCUUAAGGAUGAUUGGGAGAAGGUGGAGCGGCGAAUGGGACGGAUCGAAGCAUAGUGGGAGGUCAAGGACGAGCAGGCAGCAUCGGGAUUCGAGGGGAGAGGAAAAAAA